AAGGCUCCCCUCUCUUCCUUUAGGACCUCACAGUCUGGACGUUUUAGUUAAACUUGAGGGCAACUUAAGAGGCUCAUGUUCUGUCCGUUGAUUUGGGGCAGGCGAAUGAAAUCAAAGUAUGAUUUGGAAGGAAUAAAACACCCAAACCCUUUGCCUGAUAAUUAAACGGAUUUAUUUCUUUAACAAACAGUCUCUGGUGGAAGAGAAGAUCUGAAGUCUUCGGUCGGUUGAAUGUCCUCCUCAUAAGCUAUGGAUCUAGAACGACAGAAGCGCAAAGAAGAAAUUCAGAAAGCUUUGGGAUUCAUUCAAUCAUCUUUGCCUUUCCCAGAACCUGAACGUUAUGAGGCAUUCCUGACUCAGCUAGUAUGUAAUUUGCUGGAUGAAGGUAACACCGUAUAUCGUGAUGGAGAGUGGAGACAGGCAGCGCUCCAUUACAGCGAGGGUGUGAAUGUAGCUCGAUAUGCUCAGUCUGAAGCACUGGUCAUCCCCCCUGAGCUGUUAGAGAGCCUUUAUGUGAACCGGGCAGCUGCGCAUUAUAGUCUGGGGGAGUAUGAGCGGGGCGUGCAGGACUGUGAUAGCGCACUGUGCGUGUCGGAGGGCAGUCGCAGGGCGCUCUACAGGAAGGCACUUUGUCUGAGGGAGCUGGGCAGACUCAGAGAAGCUUAUGAGUGUGGCACCGGAUGCCUAUUAACUGCCCCUCACGACCGGCAAGUCAGUGAGCUUGCUCAGGAUCUAGCUAACAAACUUGGUUUGAAAAUCCGCAAAGCAUACGUCAGCCCUCAGCUCGAUUCUACAUCAUCUGCGACCGACAGCAAUGGAGAAACUAAUUCUCCUACAGGGGAGACCUCCUCAAAUGGUCUUGAGUCUUUGACUGAUAUCGGAUCAGAUUUAACAAGUGCCCAGUGCAUCCCCGCUCCUCUGGCUACACCGAUCCCAGUAAGUGAUGACCCACAGAUGCCCUCACUGAGCCCAGUUGUGCCCCAAGAUAUGCCAGAAAGCCCAAGCCAGGAGCCAUCGGGGCGGGUGCCGUACUCUGUACCUGUAUCUGAACACAUGGGUGAAUGUGUGAUGAAUGAAGACACUUCAUGUCUGGACACGUUGCUGGAAAGUAUUCCCAAAGGAGCUGAGGUCAGCGUGAACCCAGUUCAAGGGGCCAUUCCCACUAACCUGCCAAACACUGCUGUGGGCUUGAGGCCCCCGUACUCUCCGGGUCUCCCAGAAUCCUCCCCUCAGCUCACGACUCAAUAUUUAAACUCUGCUGUCAGUCCUCUCCCCCCAAUGGAGUCCUCCUCAGUGCUUGGUCAAAGCGAAGCCUCUUCCCAGACGAUGGACUCCCUCGGCUCCUUUAGCUCUGGAGCUGGAGAUGCUGCUGGGAAGGGGUGGUCUGGAUCACUAAUCUCAGGAGGACUGGAUUCCCUUUCUGAGUACACACUUCCCGGUGGACGAAUCUCUCACAGUUUCAUCCCCAGCUUGCGGAAUCAUAAUGCCUCCAGUGCACAGAAUGGACCAGUUGGUACCAAUCUUUCUCUGCUGUCACGAAACCCUCUGGCUGCCACACAUGAGUUCAGACAGGCCUGCAAUGCUUGCUACAGUCGCAUAGGGCCACGGGUCAUGGACUACCAUUAUCAACCUGAUGCAGCGCAUCGCUGUAAGAGAGAUGUGCUGCUCUGUCGCCUCAGAUCCUCAGAUGACCCCACCUGGAAGAGGGUGCGACCCCGUCCUGCUCGUAAUAACUUCCUUGGGGCCUUUGUUCUCUGCAAAGAGGUACAAGAGCGUCAGGAGUGCCAGUAUGGUGAAAACUGCACUUUUGCUUAUUGCCAAGAGGAGAUAGAUAUUUGGACACAAGAGAGGAAGGGAGCUCUAAGUCGUGAGCUUCUGUUUGACCCUCUGGGCACUAACGAACGACGGGCCCUCAGUGUCACCCGUCUCCUUCAGCUCCACAUGGGCAUGUUUAUGUUCCUCUGUGAGGAAUGUUUUGACAGUAAGCCUCGUAUCAUUAGCAAGAGAAGCAAGGAGAAUCUCGCAGUGUGUUCCAACCUCACUGCAAGACAUCCAUUUGAUGAUAACAAGUGCCUGGUGCACGUGGUUCGCUCGGCAAACGUGCGCUACAGUAAAAUACGCUCUCUUCACCCACUCUGCCAGUUUGACGUGUGCCGCCAUGAGGUGCGAUAUGGCUGCCAGCGAGAGGAUAGUUGCUCCUUUGCACAUUCAGUCAUAGAACUCAAGUGUUGGGUGCUUCAGCAGGACACAGGUAUUACCCAUGAGGAGAUGGUGCAAGAGUCUAAGAGACACUGGCACAGAUUGGAACAGAAUGCACAGAGACAGAAGCCCAUGCUCGGGCCCCACCAGCCCAGCGGGAGCAGCAGUAACAGCAGUGCUGUCAGCGCUAGUGCUGUGGUCUCCGGAGGAGGAGAUGGCGGCCUCGGGGGCGGGAGCACAGGAGGAGGUGGAGGAGGACUUGUAGGAUGCGGUCGGGGCCGCGGCUUGAAUCUGAAGAUGAAGUUUGUCUGUGGACAGUGUUGGAGGGAGGGCCAGGUCAAUGAGCCAGACAAGUCCCUGAAGUACUGCACCGCCAAAGCCAGGCACAGCUGGACAAAAGAGCGCAGAGUGUUGCUUGUGAAAUCAUUUGAGAAGAAAAAGUGGGUGGUAGUGCGACCGCUGCCUUUUUCCCGUACCUACCCCCAACAAUAUGAUAUGUGUGUUCAUGUCAUGAAACAGAAGAAGUGCCACUAUAUUGGGAACUGUUCUUUUGCACACAGUUUGGAGGAGCGGGAUGUGUGGACCUACAUGAAAAACAACAGCUUGAGAGACAUGCAGCAGAUGUACGAGAUGUGGCUUUCACUGACCAAUCAGAACCGGCGUGCAGACAGCAACCUAAUGACUCCACCCCCAGAGGAAAAACAGAUCGCCAUGCCAACUGACUAUUCUGAGUCAAUGAUUUAUCAGUGUUCUUUUUGACAGGUUGGGCGACGGAUGUCUGGUGGUGGAGGGGAUCUGUGACCUGGGCGGUCUGGAUGAGGCUUCAUGUUCAGAUGUCAGCUUCUAAGGCCCUUUCUCACUCUUUAAGUGCCACUCUGGGAAGUACCAUGCUCUGAUGCCCUUUAGGGCAGAGCGCCUGUCUAUAGGAUUAACACCGUGAUUGUUGCCACACACACACCCCCCACAUGCUUUUUCACCCAUUAUCAAACACAUUCGCCCCCUCACUGACAUGACACUUGGCACAGGCUCAUAGGGUGUAUGUGAGUUUACACUGACUCAUCUAAGGGCAGUUUGUUUUUAUGUUCCCUAAACACAUUUCUGAGGAGUUGAAGAUCUAUUCUCACAGUGCUUUUUAAACUCGAAACCAAAACAGACUGUGUGUCCCCCAAAUUAAAUCAAAUCACCUCCCAUGAAGGCCACUCAUGUUUCAGUCAAGUAUGUGGUGUGAGAUAUCAGAUUGAAGUUAUGAAGUGCUGCUUAACCCUGUGUUCCUGCCAUAUUGGUAGAAGAGUUUGAAUGUACAGCCAUAAGUGGCCACUUACAACAAAUUUGAGAUUUGUUUGGAUGUCGAAUGUAUUUGAUAAACCAAGGCAAUUAAUAAUGGACUAACUAAGUAAAAACCACCCCAACUUGCAUAAUGCCAGUCACAGGUCUUGCACUGACACACACACACACACACACACAUUUCCUCAUUCUUUCCAUUUGCACUGAGUGACAGUUUGGCAGUGCUUGAUAAAGAAGAUAGUGCGCACACAAGGGCUGUUCGUAGUCUUGAGUGAUCUGACAAUUUGGACUGAAAAUACACUUUGUAUUCAUUUUUCUUUUUCUUUGGAAGAGUGUUUGGAGGUUGGAAGAUGCUUCCGUGAUUGUUCAUUCAAGAUAUCAGAUUGGGAUUUGAAGUGCAUAAUCUGUAACACCCAUAACAUGCUACUAGGAGACUCUCAUUCACCACAGUUCAAUAAUAGCUCAUUAGUUCUAUAUAUAUAUAUGUGUACUGUCCAUUGAUUUCAUAUUAAGAGCAUGAACGGAGAUGCGUUACAGGUAUAUAGGCAAAAGAGCUGCCCUGCCUAUGAGUAGUUAUAUUCAUAAUAUACUGUAAAGACAUGCAGUGCUACCCUUAGUACGCCUUGUCACAUAGAUAUAUAUAUAAAUAUACACACACAUGCACACAUAUCUACUAUAUUGGCAUACUACUAAUGAUUAUUGAUAACUUAGCAGUUGAGCUUAAGUAUAACCUUACCUUGUAUUGAUUACAUAGAACUUCUUGUUAUUGAGCUAUGCUAUAUGACAUGUAUUGCUGAUUAGAUGGUUAGUGAUUUUUUUUUUUCUUCUUAUGAGUCAUUCCAGAAGUGUCCAAUUGGUGAGGUCUACGUGAGAAUUUGCUGCCCCAAACUGCCUAUAAAUGCUAUAGAAUGGUAAUUGAAGCACCCUGAGAUUGGUUUGUUAUAGAAAAUGGAACCAAGUUCGUACUUUCCAUUUAAAAUCAGGGUUUAAAUGAGAUGUGGAGGAGCAGAUUUGGCCUGGUAACAGAUUGCAGUCUGUGUGGAGAUUGAGAGGGACGUUCUGGAGUGACCUAGUACGCUUUACCGAACGAUCGUAUUAUUACUACUGCUAUUAUUAUGAUGAUGACAGUGAUGAUAAUGAUUGCCAUUAUGACUACUUCUAUCUUCCUAUAUGCUAUUGAUAUACGUAUAUGUUAAUUGCUAUGUAUAACACUUUAAAUAUAUGUAUCCAUGUAUGAAUAUAAUACUUAACGGUGAAUUAUGUCUAUGUAUGCUUUGUGAGCUGUCCGGAAUAGAGGAAUUGAGAUCCUAAGGUAGUUAUCUGUCUGUUUUCUUUCAACCUAAACAAUGGAAAGCCAGUGACACAAUUAACAUUAAGAGUGUGAUGCUUUUGUGAUGUGUUUUAGUUGCUGUCAGUUUUCUGAAACCUGGGAUCUCUUUUAAGAGGCUUUAUAGAGUGGUUGUACUGAAAAGACAUCAAGCCUCAGCUACUUUCCUCUGCAUCACAUUCUGGAUUGUUCACAAUCCUCACAGCGCUAUACUGUGACGGGACACAAAGCAUACAUGGAUAUUUAUGUUUGUCUGCAUAGCGCCUUAUACAAUACAUUUAUAUAUGAUUAUAAAUACCUUAACAAAUAAUCCUACUCUUUCAGUAGAAUGAGAGAUACACAAUUAGACAACUUGUUUAAAGAAAUAUGGGAGGGAAGUGUGUUGUUAAUGUUCUCUGGAUUAGCAAUGGAGACUGGUUUUGCAUAUAAAUCUCAUCUGAAAUUUUCUGAAAUGUGAUCAUGCUGAGAUGGUGGUGUGCAUAACCGCUGAGAGAACACAACCUGAAAGCAGAGAAGCUCACUAAACUGUCUCUGUUGUUCAAACAUUGGAUGGAAUUUGCAAUCAUUCAUAUUCAUAUCAAAGGGUUGGUACUGCUGGCCAAUGACUCUCUGGAGGCUGCAGUAAUGGUCAUUUACUCACUCUCAAUUUAAGUUUAUUUUAUCACAGAACUGGAAUGUUUUGGGCUCUCUUGACUUCGAAACGAAGGAAGGUUGCCCAUUUUAAAAUGACCUUUGUGUUUGCACACUUUCUAGAUGAAGUGUAAAGCAGAAAUAUGUUCAUAGUAAUUAAUGUUCUGCCUGAAAAGACAAUGUGGGAUUUAGCAAAUGUUGGAUUGUAUCAGUUGAGCUGUUUUCUGUUUGGUUCAUUUUUCACCUGCUUAGAUAACCAGUAAAAAUCAGGGUUUUGAAAAAAUGAAAAUGAAAAACAACAAUGCCUCUUUUUGUACUGUAUUUUUUUUUUUUUUACAUUUGUUUUAUUUCUUUUUUUUUCUCCCUGGUUGGAAGUGAAAUAUUGAUCACAGUGGACCAAUUCUCAUGAAAGUGUUUAACAAUAAAUAGACUGUUUUAGAAAA